CGCCCCUCGACACAAAACCAGACUCUUCCCCGUACCGCUCUCUGUGUCAGCUCUCUCUUUUUUUUCCCCUUUCUCUACGCAGAAUUCCUCUGCCUGCCCCUCUUCCCUGGCCUUCCCUGCCCGCUGCCCAUCGCCCACUUCAGGUGUCAAUCGUUUAGCCCAGGGCCACAUACCAGCCAGCCCAAGGAUGGAGAAAGGAAGCCCAGGUGUCACCAGGAGUACUUGGAGCAAUUCUCUACCCAGGAACGAUCCUCUGAGACUCCCUGGGCAAAGUCCCUUUCUUGACUCUUCGGAAAUCCUUCUUGAUAGUCCUCCCAAGAGAGAUGAGAAGAAGAUGAAAGCUGCUCGCCUCAAAUUUGAUUUCCAAGCAGAGUCGCCAAAAGAACUGACCCUGCAGAAGGGGGACAUUGUGUACAUCCACAAAGAAGUAGAUAAAAACUGGCUUGAAGGAGAACACCACGGCAGGGUGGGCAUUUUCCCUGCUAAUUACGUGGAGGUCCUGCCUCCAACCGAAAUUCCCAAGCCCAUCAAAGUGCCCUCCCUCCAAGUCUUGGAGUAUGGGGAAGCAGUGGCCCAGUACAACUUCAAAGGAGACUUGGCGGUAGAGUUGUCCUUUCGAAAGGGUGAACAUAUCUGCCUUGUCCGUAGGGUAGACGAGAACUGGUAUGAAGGUCGCAUCUCUGGCACAAACCGCCAGGGUAUUUUUCCAGCCAACUAUGUCCAGGUGGUGAAAGAGCCAAGGGUGAAGAAUUCGGAGGAAUAUCCUUCCUCCCCGGGCCUCCCGGGCCAUGCCAGCUCGUCCCCCCAGGCACAGGCGCCCAGUCUGGGCAGUAGGUGGCAGUCUGAGACUUCCCCUUCAAACCUGCCAAACGCUCUGGCACCAGACCUGCUCGCCUCCUCUUCCUCCUCUGCCUCUUCUGGAUUCACAUUUCCCAUCUCUCCAAAGUUUGAAAACCCCGAGACCAUGACUCACAGAAUCCAGGGCGCACUCAGAGCUGGCUCUUUCAGUCCCCAGAGUCGAAGCCCUGGGAAAAUGUCCAGUGGGAGCCCCCAGCCUCUCACAUCUGUCCAGAUGAAGGACCCGCCACGCCCUGUUCCUCCUCUGUUGACUUCCCAAGCACGGCCUUCCAUUCCGCCACAGAAUUCCGCCCUGGAAGCGGCGUUUUCCCCCACUUCAAAGCCGCGGAGCCCCCCCCACGCCUCCAGAGACCAGUCCCCCUCCGGCAUCCAGUGGACUCCGUACCAAGCUCUCUACCAUUACCGACCUCAGAACGAAGAUGAAUUGGAGCUUCAGGAAGGUGAUCGUGUAGAUGUGAUGCAACAGUGCGAUGAUGGAUGGUUUGUGGGGGUCUCUAGAAGGACGCAGAAAUUUGGCACUUUCCCUGGGAAUUACGUUACUCCCGUGUGACCAGCAGCUCUCUCGUCCAUGCGAUUGAAUCAGAAUCUUCUGCUCCUGGGAUCUUGCCUUCUUGGAGAAGCACCCCCGAUCAACGGAUAUGAAAGAAAAGAGUAUAAAAGACAUGGUCUGAAAGCUAAUAUUCCCCCACCCCGCCCCCAAGAUAUGUCUUGUUUGCCAGCUGGAGUCUGUACUGCUUGACUUGGUAUCUUCUGCACCUUGGCUUCCUCGAAGGAGACGAUUACAACCCACUUUCUAUUCCCAGUAUUUAUGAA